AGGUCUGAGGUGUUCCCAGGGGUUUUUGGGUCUCCAUGGGGAGCUUUAGGGUUUCAGUGGGGGUUUUGGGAUCUACACAGGGAGUUUUGGGGUGUCCAUAGGGGGUUUGGGGUCUGCACGAGGAGGUUUGAAGCUUGGAUGGCGGGUCUUGGGGUUCAGACAAGGGAGUUUUAGGGUGUCCAUGGGGAGUUUGGGAAUUUGGGGUCUGCAUGGGGAGUUUUGGGGCAUCCAUGGGAAUUUGGGGUGUCCAUGAGGGUUUUGAGGGUUUGCAGGGAGUUUUCUUGUGUCCGUGGGGGUUUUGGUGUUUCCAACUCCUCUCCCUUCCUGACAGGCCCUGUGUGCCCCCCAAACCAGCACUAUGAGCUCUGUGGCUCCCCCUGCCCCCCCACCUGCCAAGGUGAAGCUGGACCCCAGGACUGCUCUGAUGCCUCCACAUGCUCCGAAGGUUGUUUCUGCGAUCCCGGAUUUUUCCGGAGUGGGGAUCACUGCGUGCCCCUCCCCAAUGUGGCUGUGUUUUGGAGGGCCGCUACUACCCUCAGGGGGUGCAGUUUUACCCCAAGCCCCCCUGCACCCAGCGCUGCGUCUGCUCUGAAAAUGGGGGGCUGGAGUGUCACCCCGCUCCAGGCUGCUCCAGGGACGAGGAAUGCACAGUGCGGGAUGGGGUGCUGGGGUGCCACCCCCACACCUGCAGACAGUGCCAGGUUUUGGGGGCAGGGGCUUACAGCACCUUCGAUGGGCACCUGGGGAGUUUUGGGGGAUCCUGCACCCUCCCGCUGCUGGAGUUGGAGAGGGGUGAGCCUGAGGAGGAGCUGGAGCCCAUCACGGUGGCCUUGGAGCAGGAGGAUGUGGAGGUGCAGCGGGUGACGGUGAUGGCGCACGGGGUGACUGUGGUGAUGCACAGGGGACAGCAGUGGGAGGUGAUGGUGGAUGGCGAGCGCCACUUGCUGCCGCUGUGGCUGCGGGGGGGCGCGGUGGGGGUGGCGCAGGUGGGGUCCCACCGGCUGCUCCAGGUCCAGGGGGGCCCCAAAAUCCUCUACGACGGCAAGGCGUAUGUGGUGCUGACGCUGCCCCCCCCGUCCCGCCGCCCCCGGGGCCUCUGCGGCAACUUCAACGGGGACCCCAACGACGACGGCCCCGAUGGGGGGGCUCUGGGCAGGCCCCCCCCGAACUGCACCCACCUGGUGCCCGCCCCCAGCUGCUCCCCGGCCCAGGCGCGGCGCUGCGCGGUGCUGGCGGACCCCGAAGGACCCUUUGCGGGGUGUCACGGGGUGGUUCCGCCCCGCACGUACCUGGUGACCUGCGAGCACCAGGUGUGCAGGGUGGGGGGCGACCCCUGCCCCGGCUUUCAGGGCUAUGCAGCCGCGUGCCAGGCAGCCGGAGGUGCGCUCCGGGAGUGGCGGGAGGCCACGGGUUGCCCCCUCACCUGUCCCCCCAAGAGCCGCUACCAGCUGUGUGCCCGCACCUGUGAGCACACCUGCGCAGGUGUGUCGGCCCCGCCCCCCUGCAGCGAGCGCUGCUUUGAGGGGUGUCAGUGCGCCGAGGGGCUGCUGUUCGACGGGGCCCGCUGCGUCCUCCCGGGGACCUGCGGCUGCCUCCACCAGGGGCGCUACUUCCAGAUUGCCGAGACCGUCCUGACCCCCGACUGCUCCCAGUCCUGCACCUGCCGGGGGCCCGGGGGCCUCCAGUGCCGCCCCUUCACUUGUCCCUUUGGCCACACCUGCGGCCUCCGUGACGGCACCCGCGCCUGCAUCGCACGCCCGGGGCGCUGCGCCCUGUCCCCUGCCACCCGCUUCGUCACCUUUGACGGCGUCACCGGGGCCACCCUGGCCACCGGCAUCUACGUUGUGGCCAGCGUGUGCGACCCCCAGGACCCUGCAUGGUUCCGGCUGCUGGGCGACGUCAGGGACAUUGGGGACCAGCCAGCAGUGGUGGCACUUCACCUCUUCACCCCCCACAGCUUCAUCACUGUGCGGAGGGACAGGAAGGUCUGGCUCAACGGGGUCCGCACCCCCCUCCCCGCGGAGCUCCCGGGACCACUGACCAUCACAGAGACACGCACGACCCUCCGGAUCAGCCGAAUCCCGGGAUUUCUGGUGGAACUGGGCGCCGCGGGGGUGACGGUGGAGGUGCCCAGGGAAGCGCGGGCGACGCUCUGUGGCCUCUGCGGCGACUACGACGGUGCCACCAGCAACGACCUGCGAGGGCCCGACGGGACGGUGACGAGCGACGCGCAGGCACUGGCCAAGGCCUGGCGGGCGCCCGACUUCACCCAGUGAUGUGGAAAAUUGACAUUUCACCUGAGUGGCCGCACCCCAUCGCUGACGUCAUCCUCAAACCGCCUCAGAUCCGGAAAACCCGGAUUUUUAUAACCCCCAAAACUGUGCUUUCCCCCCCAAAAUAAAACCUGUGCGAAAACGCC